CAGCCGGUUGUGUCCCCAUCUCCUAGUACUAUUGUUGGUUGGAUGCCAAAUUCUAAUUCAUCUUUGUCUCAUCCUGCUAUGGAAGCACCACCUCCUGGUUUAGUCAAGCAAUCUAGUGCAGCUGUAUUUUUGAAACACCCAAGGACUCCUACAGGUGUUACGGGGAUGGAUUAUCAAUCAGCUGACUCUGAGCACUUGAUUAAGCGCAUUCAUACUGGACAGUCUGAUGAGGUAUCAUUCUCUGGUGUAAUGCAUUCUGGGGCCUAUUCACAAGAUGACAUUCCCAAAAAUCUUGUCCGGACCCUUAGUCAAGGAUCUAAUGUUAUGAGCAUGGAUUUUCAUCCUCAACAACAAACCAUACUGCUAGUUGAGACAAAUGUUGGUGACAUUAGCCUUUGGGAAGUUGGGUCGCGGGAGAGGAUGGUACAUAAACCCUUCAAGGUUUGGGAUAUACAAUCUGCUUCGAUGCCAUUGCAGUCAGCUUUGUUAAGUGAUGCUGGAAUAUCAGUGAAUCGUUGUGUUUGGGGGUCAGAUGGGCUCAUGCUUGGUGUUGCAUUUUCAAAGCACAUUGUCCAGAUAUAUACUUACAAUCCAACUGGGGAACUCCGUCAACAUUUGGAGGUAAAUCUUAUUCCUUUCCCUGUUAUCUCUUUCUUCAUUGGCAAUGGU